GUGAUAGCCAAACAAAUAUCUCAUUACUUUAUACGGAUUCAAGUAAAGAAACGGAUACCAAAGCAUUGGCAUCAUUUUUAGUGCCUGAAUUUACAAAAGAUUGGGCGAAAUUUGCAUUGGAAAUUCAAGAUGAUAAUAUCGUAUUGUAUUUUCGAUGUAUACGUUUUGCAACCAGACAGGUUAAACGAAAACCAGUUCAACUUGUAAUGGAUGAUGCUCAUAAAUUAUACAUUGCAAGCGCUGGGCCAAUUUUACGAAAAGAAUUUGAGGUAUGUUGUUUUGAAUAA